AUGCUGCAGGCUAAGGAGGACCUGGCUCAACGUUUGCACGCCGUCGAGGAGCACCUCGAGGUGGUGCACUCCCUGUACCAAGGAAAGAUCCAGGAGCUGGAGAGGGAGGUGGAGCUGCUCAUGAAGGAGAAGGACGACCUCUCCGCCUUGGUGGCGAAUGGUAACAAUGCCAACAAGAAGACUCGGGAGACUCGUACCUUGGAGCAACGGCGCAAGCGCAUCAAGGAGCUGGAGGAGCGCGUUGCGAAGCUGCGAAAGAAAGUACAGGAGCAGGCCACGGUGCUUGGGCUGAAAGAGGAAGAACCAGAUGUUAAGAAACUCAGAGAAGAAAUCUUGGAGAUGAAAAAAACGCGCGUGCGGCUGAUGCGCCAGCUCAAAGAAGAGUCGGAGCAGCAUCGCCGGGCCCAAAGGGAGCACGACCGCGAGGUGAGCACCCUGCGGCUACGCGAGCAGCAGCGGGUGGCACAGGCGGCGCGGCAAGAGCGCCAGAGCGGCCUCAUGAUGAGUGCGCUGCAACGACGCAUGGAGAACGCACUGGCCGACAAGUCGCGACUGGAGGCGGCACUGCAGAAGCAGCAGGUCGCCGCCGGCCAGAUGGACACCACGGGGGAAAUGGCCCAUCGCAUCCGGGGCACAGUUGAGCAGGAGAUCGCCCUUCCAGUGCGCGAACGAUCGGAGCAGUUGCAGACUCAACUGCAGCCGCACAACGCCAACACAAGACCACUCCGGGUGUUGCAGUCAAAGCUCCUGGAACCUAAGGCCAGCUCCGGGAGGCUUAAACAAGUCGAAGGCAGCAACGUGCGGCACAACGUUGCAGCGGCCACGAAGCGUCUGGAAGCGCUGCAAAAACGCUUGGACAGCGCCCGGUCCUGCAGGGAGCGCCUGGAGCUGCUGCAGACACAGAAAGGAGAGCGGGCUGCCGCGGCGACUGCGCGGAUGUUCGAGGGGCAGCCACCAUAUCGAGCGCAGCUUCCCGACGGCACGGUACCUCACCUUCCCGGCGAUGAUCUGCGGCAGGCGUCGAGAGUUCGCCUGUUGACGGAGCAAGAGGUGGAGGAUACCCUCGCUUUGUCACUCCAAGACGUCCUCGAGGUCAAAGAGAAAUAA